AUGUCCGUGCGAGGUGGAGUUCGGAUUGCUACUCCCCAUCCAUCUAGUGACAGCCAUUAUCCUCCACUUCAGGAGGAAGAAGACCCAUAUAAUGGUGGUCCGUCAAGCCCUCUUCCAGAUGUCAACUCAGUACCUGUGGUACCACCUUUGGAUUUCGAUAACCCGAUUCCUGCGUAUGCUGGGUCAGCGGCAUACAACCCAUUUGAGCAGCCGGCGCUCACCCACUACAACUACAACUACGGUUAUGCAGAGGUAGAUCCAUACCAAGUAGCUCGGGAUUACAAUGCCCUUCAUCCUGAAGGACCAUAUGGAGGGCCAUGGACUACUGGUUACCCGACUUAUGGGUACCAGCAUCAGCCACCUCCUCCGCCGGUGUAUCAGCCGCCUCAGCCACCGAUUCAGCAGGAAGUCCUAGAGAGGUUGAACCAAGUCGAGCAAGAAGUUUGUGAAGACCGCAGAGAGCGGCAAGGUUUCUUCAAAGGAUUGUCGGACUUGCUUAAGGGAAAGUUGAAGAGAAGGGGUCAUUGA